AUGAGGUAUGUGGGCGGUGCAUUCCGGUAUGUCAAGCAGACGUACGGCAAGCGCUUGAAGCUUAUUGAGGGUGACUGGGACGACAUCCAGAACGCUGCGAAUGAAGAAAUUGACGGUGAUGAGGUGGUGCGCAGCUUUCCCAAGAUGUGCGCCUUCUCCAACCAGGUCAUGGGGCAGCCAACCGAAGGUUGGAUGGAGGAGCUCCUGGCCGUUUUCUCAGUACUGGUGGAGCGCGUUGGCAACCCGGCUCACCUAGUGGAGGAGUGUGACCUGCUCUCGCUGGCGAUGGUGGCGCGGUCGGACGACAUUAAGUUCGAGCGGUUCAAGCCCGUCAUGCUGGCGGCACUACGAUCCCUGCUUCCGCAAACGUGGAGCACGGCGCACGAAGAGGCCUGGGAGUGGCUUUGGGCGACCAUCUCGCGGAACCUCACAGAGUCCACGAUGAAGGUGAAGGCCUUCAAGCCCUUCAAUAAGAAGCUCUUCUCCAUCCUGAGUGAGGAGCACCACGAGACCUUCCGCACCACCAUCUACACCAAGUUCUUUGCGAAGUGCGCCGCCAGUCAGGACCUCUUCAAGCAGUCGCAAACAAGGCUCCGCUACAUCGCCGACCGGGUGUUGUCUUGCGCCCAUGACAUGAUGCAGCGAGCCUGGCCUGAAAGCUCAGUUUGGUUUCAGGGUGUGGUCAAAGUGCUCUGGUUGAUUCCAGGCAAGUUUCCGGGAUAUGGCGUGCCGAUCGACCUUUUCGGGCCGUUUACAGACACUUGCGUGGAGGUGGUGAAGCCGAUUGUGGCGGAGCUUCCCUACAACGUUACGUCGACGAAGGAGAUGCUCUGCCCUGCCGACCGUGCCCACUAUCUGCAGGAGAAUGAGCUUCAGUCGCACAUGAUGAUCGAGGGCUUUCGAUGGUCCAUCGGACUGGUCGCACGGAUUCUGAUGCGCACCAUCACUGAGGGCUCCACGGCCGUCAUGCAGGCCAUUCAUGCCAACGACUCCAAACGCCUCAAGAAGGCUCUCCGUGAUGCGCCCCGUGCUCAGCGCGUGAACUGGCAGCUGCGGGUCCGCGUAGGCAGCCAGUCCAUCAGCCCUCUUUACUGGGCGCUGAGGAGCGGUUGCCACGGGGCAGCGAGGACGAUCGUGCAGGACAUUCUAACCAUCCGAGCAGAUCGGGACCGGUACUACUACGGAGCUGACGAACUCUUCAGGUUGCAGCCUGACGUCGUAGAGAACCUCUUGCGCGAAGCGCCGUCCCUCGCGAAGGAUUUUCUGGACGGCCUCAUCUGGCGGUCCCAUAAGACGCAGGACGGUCUUCGCCCUGUGAUCUAUUACCUCGAGCAUCUGCUACAGGACCAGGACGAGUCUCAGAUGCUGUCGCGCUCAAUGAAAUCCUUCAUCAGCUUCAAGGACCCCAGGACGAUCACUCACCCCAUCCUCGUCUUCUCGCUGGACCUUAUCUGGGAGAAGCUCGUGAUGAGGCAUUUCCUCCAGGAUCGCCUGUGGACACUGAUAACCUUCAUCGUUUACAUCCUCGCCCAAAGUGUGCUGAACCAGAAGGUCUAUCUUGACGACCACACGUUGCACAACUAUAUGGGCAUCGCCCGCAUGAUGGUCUACCUUGUGGGCCUGGGCCAGUUGCUCUUCUGGUUGCUGCCACUCGCAGUUCCAGCCGUUCUGGCUGUCUGUUCUAAUGGCUUGAAAGGUUACCUUGCCCAGUGGGAGCAGCAGGUGUCGCUGGCGCUCACAGUCAACCUUUUCGGGAUGCUGCUCGACAUGAUCGCGCUGAAAUGCGAAGCCUACACGCCCGAGAUGGAGAUAGUCUACGAGAUCCUCUCCGUCUGCGGGGUCUUCUUGUUCUCUUUGCUUGUCUUGGAUCUGGCAACCGUCUCCAUUAAGAUGUCGGAGUACAAGGUGCUGUGCUCACGCGCGCUUGGACAGGCCCUGAAGCCUCAGAUCCAGAAAACGUACGAUCUCUCGUUGUCCAGCCGCUUCCUGCUUCCAAAAGAGCCUCCAGACCCGAAAGCACGGGCGCCGGAUCCAGAGGUUUUCCUGUGCCUGGGUGCCGUGGCCGCUUGCAUUGUGGUCUUCAGCUUCUCCAUCGCGGCGAUGGUCCAAGAGGUCGAGCAUGUCGGCUUGGAGGACUUCGCGGACAUCGGCGGCACGGCGCAAGUUCUGAUUCAGGUCGCCUGGGGGCUGACAGACAUGGAAGAGUUGAAGGUCGUUGCCGAGAAGAGCACGCUGAUGUUCAUGGCUCUUUGCCGGCCUCCCUUCUCACGACGUGCCGAAGUGCAGGCGAUUAUUCUGUACAGCGUCUUGGUGUACACCUGCUUCUACAACCUGCUGGUGGCGCAGCCCGCCUGA